AUGUCCAAGCGGAGUUGGUCUGAGGCCGAACUGCCCUCCCCGCGCUCUGCCCAAGGUCCUACCACCCUCCAAAGAAUAGUCUCGUCGACGUCGCCUAAUUCCUUCCCUUCUCCUGCGCAAUCUCAUUCGCCAACCAAGAAACGACGCAGCUCUGUCGAAGGGGAACCGCCAGCUAUCGCCAAAGCUCCGUCAAAACCACAACGAACCAACUCGACCACCAAUGGGACAGCAGCCGAUGGCAAGUUGCCGGGCAUCUCGAGGAAGGUCAAGGCAUGCGCGGCAUGUCGCAAGCAAAAAAUCAAAUGCAUCAUGAUAGGUGACCCUCCAUGCCAGAGAUGCAAAGAACGAGGACUGUCAUGUCGCCUCAACAAGAGCCUCCAAACGCUCAUGUCCGAAGACUCGAAGUGGAAAGCAGCAGUCACGAAGGACGUCACAUCCCUCUAUGCGACCGUGGAGGAGAUCGUGCGAACCCUGCAGCUGCCGUCCCUCCCACAGAUGCUGGUAUCGACCCAGGACCCCGCGAUAUUCUUCGACCAGGAAGAACAAGGCAACAAUGAGGACGACGAGGACCAGUCGCUAGACAACUCGCCCAAAGUGACCCCGGUCGCUGAUAACCUCUCGCACGUCCCUAUCGAGUCCUUAUAUCAGAUCACCGGCAUGAGGUCGCUGAGAGCAACUGAACAGACCAACGAGGAGCAAGCGAGAAUAUGCAAACAACUGCGGGAUACCGACUUCAUAGCAAGAGGCCUGGUCAAGCAGGAAGAUGCCGAACAUCUGGCCAAUUACUAUCUCAGCAAGUUGGACCCCUACAUCUGGCACAUAUGUCCCGACUACACUGAUCUCGAGUCAUUCCGACGUCGUUCGCCAACGUUGACCGCCUGUGUCCUAACCGUGGCGGCUCUUCACGACACCAAGCUGGGCAAUCUCUACUCUGUUUGCAGUAAGGAGUAUAGGAGACUAGUAGCAAAUGCCAUGUUCGAACGCAAGAUCGACAUGGAGUACUUGCGAGCGCUGGUUCUCGGGUCAUAUUGGCUUAGUGAUAUUUCUUGGACACUUUCUGGGUACGCUAUCCGACGCGCAAGCGAAUUUCACCUUCGGCGGUUCUACCAUGAAAUCGCGGAGUCGGUCAGGUCACCGGACAAAGCGAACCCGACAAAAUUGCAAGAGGCGAUGGAUGGCAUAAGGGUGCUGUACUUACUCUACAUCUGCGACCAUCAUCUCUCGAUCCUUUACGGCCGGUCGUCGAUUAUGCGCGACAACGAAAGCUACAUCACCGGAUGGGAGGCUUACUUGGCCUGCUCGUUGUCGACAGAUGCCGACCGCAGAAUUGCUGGACAAAUCUGUUUGAUGUAUUUGAUGAAUCAAGUUCGGGAGACGCUUGGACCGGAGGACACGAGCUCAGUGUUGCCGGCUUCUGCUUUGACCAAGAUUGCGGGCUUCGAGCGAGAUCUAGACGACUGGAUUGCCCGCUUCUCCAGGCACAACCCCAGUCAGUAUAUCGGUAAUUGGCCAAAUAAGGGCGCAGUCAUGCACUAUCACUGGGCCAAGCUCUACCUACAAUCGUAUGUUCUUCGAGGAUUGCCCGAAUCAGGAGCUGUCAUACCCGAGCACUUUCUGGAAAACGCCUCAGCUGCUGUUGCUGCGGCCACGGCCAUUAUCAAUCUACUUCUGGACGACAAAGAUGCACAAAUUGCUAUUGCAUAUGUUCCUCAUCACAUCCAUGGCAUGAUUGCGUUUGCGUGUAUGUUCCUGCUCAAAAUUGCGACGAAACACAGCGAGCAGCUUUUCCUCGACACGGUCCGAUUCCAGAGACUGAUCAAUGCCCUGGCGCAACACUUCAAGUCGACCGACGUUGGCAAGGACCAUUUGAUACACAGGAUGGCGGACGGGCUGGAGAAGAUGGCGGAGAGUCUCGGUGGGCCAGCGCGAGCAAAGAAUCGAAAUCGAGUCAAUGGAGAACGCCCAACCCAGCCAUUAACAUCGCCCAAUCAGCGAGUCAAUACCACUGUGACACCCAGCAGUCUCACCAAUGGCCAGACGAGUGCGCCCGAUUAUGGUGCGCUGGAUGCAAAUGCGUUUGACUUUGGUGAUCCCGCACUGGGGCUGGGAAUGCCGUUCUUCGACUUUGAAGGCACGACCUUGGAUGCUGGUCAAGCCAUGUGGAACUUUACGUAG